GUCUUCAGUGAUGUUUUUUUUGUCUUGUCGACUUGGGAAAUGGAGAUUGGGAGUCAGAAAGCAGUCGCCACUUGAGGUGUCUGAAGCCAAGAAGUAGUCGGCGACAGGUGCACAGGAGUUGGACGGUUUGACGAAUAAGUCUGUGUCAUGAUGAUGGUCGUAUGCGUUGCAGCGUAAAGAGCCCGAAUGUCUGUCGUAGCCAACUUCCUUGUCGUGCUGCUGUGGCUUGUGGCCUGUGCACAGCCUUCUCUGUGUGUCUUUGGCUUUCGACGGACAGUUCAAUCAGCGUAUGAUUUUGUUCUCGGUGAGCCCUGUAAUGAGCAUUGGACAACGUACAAUUUAACCCAGUUGGAUAAAGCUCUUGACGCCAACUUAUUUGGCCAGCAUUUGGUGGAGAAGUACUUACCGAAAUUGAUCAGAUCUCAUCGCCUUGCUCCAUCCAACAAAGCUCUGGCAGUAGCUCUCCACGGCUCGACUGGUACAGGGAAGACGUAUGUAACACAGUUGGUAGCCCAGCAUCUCCUAAAAUUGGGCGAGCAGUCUCAAUACUUCCACCGAUUUAUAGCCAAUCGUCACUUUCCAUUGAGUGGCAAGGAACACGUCCAGAGAUAUAAACAUCAGUUGGCAAGUUGGAUCUCAGGAAAUUCAAGCCGCUGUGGAUACAGUCUGUUCGUGUUUGAGGAGAUCGAGAAGUUUCCCGAAGGCCUUAUAGAUGAAGUACUGCCUUUCUUGGAACCGUUUGCACACAUUGAAGGAGUGGACUACCGCAACACUAUCUUCAUCUUCACCACUAACCUUGGAGCAAAGGAGAUAGCAGCUCAAGUCCAUGAUCACUACCAGGCCGGGCAUCAGCGACACAAGUUGCAAGCCAGCAUCUUUGACCGUGUGCUCUCCAAAUACUCCUACAAUAGUGACGGCGGCUUCAAAUUUUCCAGCCUGAUUACAAAGCAGGUUAUAGACUUGCAUCUUCCCUUCCUGCCACUGGAAAGCAAGCACAUCAAAGAAUGUAUUAAAGUAGAGAUCAGGAAGAUGAGUAACCACUGUAAGUUUACAGACGACCUCGUUUCCACCAUAGCCAACCAGGUUGUUUACUAUGACUUCGGCAAGGACGCAGAUUUAAAUAAUUUAUUUGCUCGCGGUGGGUGUAAAAAGAUCAGAUCCCAGGUUCACAUCCACUGUUGAGUUUUUGGCACUCGUACUCGCCAUAAUGUUUUCUUGAGAAAUAUUUUUUAACCGCUUUAACGCAGUUAGCAUUCUGCUACUUUAGAAGGCUCUCCGCCAUCUGUUUUGCUCGUCUGCUUUUCACACACAUCCUUUUUGUUCUUUUUUUUUCUAUUUUACACAAUUCUCUGGUCUGUUGUCAUAUCAGGCAACCUGGAGGCUGGGGAUUACUGCGGGGAAUUUUUAAGUGUGCAUGUGCCUUGUCAAGCUGGUCUGACAUCAUCUGUUUCCUGCAAUGUCAGUUAGGUUAUCUUUCACGAUUUUCACAAGAUAGGGGUGCUGGCAAUUCUAUCCGUGUUGUAACACAUGAAUUACAUGUACAUUGUAUAUUUCUGAACUGCUGCACUAACAAACCCCUUUUUCA